GUAAGUGAAGAAGAUACAUUGUAAAAUCGAUUUAAUAUCGUUUUAAGUGGCAAUACGCGGGCUCCCUCCGUUUUACCGCCAUUAUUUUAUUCAGUGUCUGGUUAAUGCCCGGUUCCUCGAGGAUUGGUAACGGCAAAAACAAUGGGAGACCCUAAAGAUAUUGAGCUAAGUGGUGAUGGUACUGCUGUAAAAUCAGAAGCGGAAAACACUGAAGCAGUUGAAGUGGAACCCAACCAACCUGCACAUGAUACUGGUGAUGGUGUAAUAAAAGAAACAGACAUGCUUGCUGCGUUCAAAACUACUUUAGGAAAUAUGCUGAAUGCAUCAGCUACUUUUUUGCCAAAACCAGUCCAAAGGAAUGUAAAAGCUCUGAAAAAACUUCAGUUAACACACGUAAACUUAGAAGUAGAAUUUUUCAAAGAAUUGCAUGAAUUGGAAAUGAAAUAUGAGAAAAAAUAUUUACCUCUUUAUGAAAAGCGUGCUGCAAUUGUGAAUGGUUCUGUUGUUCCUACUGAUGAAGAAUGUGAUUUCCAGUCGGAUUCUGAAAAAGAAUUAGAACUUUCUAAUGAGAUUCAAAAGGUUAAAGUUGAAGAUGAUACUGAUCAGAAAACAGAUGAAUCUGCUGAUAUCAAAGGCAUUCCUGAAUUCUGGUUGACUGCAUUGAAAAAUGCUCCAACAGUUGCUGAUAUGAUUGAGGAAUAUGAUGACCCAAUUUUGAAACAUUUGAUCGAUGUUAAAGCAUAUACUCAUGCUGAACCCAUGAGCUUUGAUUUAGAAUUCAUCUUUGAACCAAACGAUUUUUUUACAAAUAGUACCUUAACUAAACAUUAUGAAUUGCGGUGUACACCUGAUCCGACUGAUGUGUUUUCUUUUGAAGGCCCUGAAAUUGUUAAAUGUAAAGGAUGUGUUAUUGAUUGGAAGAAAGGAAAAAAUGUUACUGUGAAAACUAUCAAGAAAAAACAGAAACAUAAAGCAAGAGGUGCUGUUAGGACUGUAACCAAAACAGUGCAGAAUGAUUCGUUUUUUAAUUUCUUCAAUCCUCCUGCUGCUCCUGAAGAUGAAGAUCAAAUGGAUGAAGAAACACAGAAUAUACUAAGUAAUGAUUUUGAAGUUGGCAAUCUCAUUAAAGAUAGAAUAAUUCCUAAUGCUGUCUUGUUCUUUACUGGUGAAAAUAUGAUUGAUGAUGAGUUCGAUGAAGAGGAUGAUGACGAAGAUGAAGACGAAUAUGAUGAAGAUGAGGAUGAUGACGACGAAGAAGAGGGAGAUAACAAUCAGUGCCUGGUAUAAAAUUCAGCAAUAUAUUUAGAACCGAAAGAAGUCUCGUGGGACAACUAAUUCUCAAUCUCAGCCACCUCCAGAAUGUAAACAACAGUAAUGCAUUUAUGAAUAUUUAACCCGUUUCCAAUGUAAAAUUAAUAAAGACAGUUGCUUAUGUUGAAUAAAAUUGGUUUUAUAAAA